GUGUUAAAGCUGAAUGCGUUAACUUUUCACAGCGUCAGCUGUUUUCGUUACACCGGUAACUUUGCUGUGUUCCGCCAGUAGAAAUGGCCGUGUGAAUGUUUUGAGAUUGAGCUAAAAACAGCAAACUCGAACCGAGGCCUACAACGGAUAACACCUGCGCAUUAUAACUAGACACACACAGCAAGAUGGUGCUGGAGCGCCAAAACCCUGCCUCAGGCAAACUUAAACCUCGUAUGUCAAAUAAGGAACGUUUUCACUGCGUCAAUCCAGAGAUUAACCUUGCACUGUACCCAGCAUUAAAAGACUGGCUUCCGUGUAAUCAUGAAUAUCACGUCUGUGACUACAAGACCAUAAGGCAGACUCAGGACCAUGUCGAUUUUUCUGCCACCCUGAGAAUGACUAUAUCUACUAUCGAAGAAGUACAACAGUGGGUGAAGGACUCGACCAUCACCUGGAGGAUUGAUCGGACCAGACCACCUAAGGGACAAAGAGUUAUUUUUAAGGUGGACUACAGAUGCCACCACAACACAAAACCUAGGAACACCAUGGAACCAUCUGGGAGACGGACCAAAAACACAAACUGCCCUGCAAAGAUGAGCAUAACGCUCCAUCGCCCACAGGGAAGCAAUGGAAGGCAGUGUCGGAGCACGGAUCCUCACAUGCCAACUUUCCCGACGCUCGUGCACAUCACCAAUGAGCACAAUCAUAACUUGCACGUACCGGAUGCAUUGAGGUACAAGGACGUUGGACCAGAAGCUAUACAAAAGUUAAAGAAGCUUUUCGAAGCUGGCCAUUCACCAUCUACAGCCCUGGACGUCUUAAAAUAUGACCUCCAGCUCGAACUCGGAGAGGAUUACGCGUAUGCAUCAGCAGACCGAUCGAUCUGCCCUGACAUUCAGUUCUGCUACAGAUUGUACCACCAAGUUUCUAAAUCUCUCAGAGAAGCCAGUCCAUCCUCUUCCAUUCUCCCCAGCCAAGAAACAACCACAUCCUGGGUAGCAGCUGAUCCGAUGGGACAGACAUGCAUCAUGGAGCAUGAGAUUGUAACCACAGAAGUUUCAGAGGAGGACAAUCCCACAGACAAGCUGAAGUCGUGCUUAUCUGAUCUGUGUGACAUCAUUGAGAAACAGCCGAGUGUGUGGUCCGCAACGCAGGACUUCAUCAAGGGAAUUGAACGUGUCCAGCACAACCCUGUGAAGUUAGCGUCAGCCAUGCAUGCGUUUGGUCGCUACAGCUGCCUUCUAAUGAAGAAAAGGGCUAAAACAAUGCGAAGGGGUUCUCAGUGUGCUGGACUUGCUAUUACCUCUCAGCCCACAGCAGUGACCAGGAGGAAGUCCAAGCUUGGCGGGAGACGGCGGCUGACGGUGGGCCGACAGAGCAAGACGACUUCGGGGCCUGACCAUGAAUACAGUCAGCCAGAAAAAAGACAGAGAUGCUCAGGGCCUCAUGGCUUUUCACACGGCAUGGGAAAAACCAAAUAGCUGUAAUAAAUUAGUUUUAGUAUAACAGUUGUAGCCCAUCAUCCCUUUGCCUGAGAGGAGAUAGACAUGAGCUUGAGUGCUGUUUGGUAUGGAUGUAUUUUGUUCAGUGUAUAUAAUUUUUUUUUACAGACCUAUAAAAGGGGCUUGCUGUCUGAAUC